CAAUUGUGACCCCGUGCUUAAAUUCCGGUAGUCGAAGUACUUUGUAAAAAUUCGAUCGGCACGAGCCACGAUAUUAGUCAAGAAGUCAGACCAGAUCGCAGACGGGGAUGCAACAGCUACUUCUCUGUCUAGGCCGCGAAAUUGGGGCCGGAAACACGCCGCGCUUACAUUCCAAUCAACGAAAUCACAGCUGUGCAAAGUCGCGAAUAUACUAGAGCACGCGGUGCAGUUAUUGACGGUGGAAGAAGAACGAUGGAGAGCAGUGGUGUCCUCUCCUGAGAUGAUUGCGGACGACGAGGAACUUGUGCCUUUCUAUCUCUUCAUUGUGGACGAAAACGAAAACAAUGCAGAUGGAGAUGACAAACAGCAGCUACAAGAAGAAACAUCCUCAAAUAAACCCGGCUCCACCUGUUUGCCAAAAACGUCGGGAAAAAUCUCAGUCGGCACUUCCGGAUCUUCCUCCUCCUCGUCCUCUUUUGUUUCUCCAGGUGCAAGAACAUUACCGCCUUCCACCUCGCAAGGUAGAGAACAACCAUCGAUAAACACGACAAAGAUGCGGCAAACAAGCGGUUCUGGCCUCUGCGGCCUGGGGGACAGUCGGGCUUCCAGAGGGAAACAAGAGGGGAGCGGGAGUACGAAAGCAGUUUUCCUUCUCGAAGAGGCAGUUGCAAAAUCAAGACAUUUUUUCCUCCUGACUCGACUUAAUAGUGCCACAUCAGGUAUUAACAACUUUUUCGGCUAAGUGUGUUGGUCUCAGCUAGUGAAACUUGGACGCGGCCCUUGGGGUUUUAAAGGACACAGGUACAGUUUCAAUGCUCUCCAAUUUAUUCGCAACACUAAAUUUGUGAUAAAAACCUUAAAGACGAAUAAGGACGGUUGCCUCGUCAGCGCCGUUUGCAAUAGCUACAAGCAGUCACAAGCAUAACAGCUACACGACCCACACACAAAGCAAUACCAAAUCUAAAGCUUUAUUAUUUUCUUUCAGACAGUUGCCGUUGCGCUUGCAGCGUUCUUAUUCGAACCUUUUUGAUUUCAUUGUAAAAGUAUGGUCUUGUUUAACGAGCCGCACAACUAGUAGUACAGGAUUUACAGCAGUAGCAGCAGCGCUGGUUGGCGCAAAUCGAAAUAUUGAUCAGUUGUAGGCAACAAGUGGACAUCAGAUAAAUACAGACACAGACUCAGAGAGUAGUAGAUUUCACUUUUAGAAAUGCGCGUGGUGCUGCGCAGUGACUAUUAGUUAUUGUAGAAAUUCGAUCGACACGAGCCACGAUAUUAGUCAAGAUGGUUGUCCGAAGGUAGGACGGGCUCGUUGGCCCCUCGUGCGGCCUGCUGCCCUCCGUGCCUGCGCGCGCAACAGUGCAAGCGGCGCCCAUGCAUCCGGGCAAUUCGUAUUCCCUUGUCCCACCGGGCGGGCCGGCGCUGCGUGUGCCCCCCGCAUGUGCCCGGCAAGGUCGGGGGGCGGCCCAUCGAACGGGCGGGAAAGGCCUGCGCCACGCGCUUCAUCGCUCGGCCGGCCAAAUCUACGAAACUACGGUGGCGCACCACCGCGACGCCGCGCAGGCCUGCGAAACGCGGCCGGGCCACAAACGUAAAGCCAGGGAAAACGCAGGGGCCGCACUGCUAAAGUGGGGGGGCCCGGGCGGGGCCCCUCGUGAGGCUGCAGAAAUGAAAACAAGCGCGCGCCCCGGCAAUCGGGGCUGCCCAGUGAUUGGGCGGCCCCUUUCAAACCAAGCCGCCGCAGCAUCUUUAAAAGCCGGGCAACUCGGGGCCCUUAGUCCCAAGCUGCAUACGGUCGGCCCCUGGCAGCGGGCAGACACCUGCCUCGGAUUGGUCGGCCCCCCUCUCCAGCAAACCCGCUGCUGCGCAGCUGCUUGCCGGCCGUUGCAAUUCAGAUGUCGUCGGGCGCACCCGGCGACGCCACCUCAUCCUGCGCACGGACAGGCUCGGGGGCGUGGCGCGUGCCUGUUGCAACCAAACCCGGCAAGCUGCUAGGCCACCACGCUGCGCAGCGCAUCGACCGAAACUUUGGCCGCGCUGGCAGCACGCACUGGGUUGCGGCCAUGGCUCUCGACGUAAUAUCCGGAGGCGGCGCGGACGUUUCAUGCCUGUAGCCGAGCCCGGAACAUUGCGCUCCGUGUGUUUUGGCAUGUUGCUGGCCCCCGGGCUUCACCCGGCGCGGAUGGCGGAACUGUCCUGCAUUUUUUGCCCGCAGUGCGCUUGUGCCGCCCGUAAAAAUCCGACGGGGGAGUGCUCGAGGCGGGCUGGAAACGUGAUCGAUUCUGCUGCUCAUGCCGAGCAUGUGGCCGCGCCAUUUUUUGGCUCCUCCGGAAGCGCCAAAAAAGCCUUUUGCGCAAACGAUUUUAAAAACGUUUUUUGCGCUUUUUGUUCAAAAAAUUCGAAAAACGAAAAUGCGCGUUUUGUAUUUUGUUAGAGCAUACGAAACUUACUUUGUAAAAAUUCGAUCGACACGAGCCACGAUAUUAGUCAAGAAGAGAUGCUUGACCGGUAUGUCGUUUAUAUUAUUGCCUGUCGAUGCAAAAUGAUAUACGGUAGCUCGGUUGUGGAAGUAGGGUGCUUGUCCUACACUGCAGCUCUGCUCCUAGGAGAAUGAUGCCCCAAUAAAUUUGCCUACUCAGAACAACAGCAGCUACGGCAGCAUAACUUUUACGCAGCUCAUAUCGAUUGGGUUUUCCAAUUCGAAAGAAACAGCCCGAAAAUAAAUUGUAGGGAGCAGAUCAACAGAAGCGAUUGAGUAGUGUCUCGAUGAUGUUGGCAGCUCCUAUUGAUGGCAUCGACCGACAGCAACGUCCGCUAGUUCAACAGCAAGCAAAGACAGGAGAUGACAGGCGUGCUAUCGAAAUUUUUUUUCACACUUAUAUGAUAUGGCAACUACCACAACUGCGAUGGCGCAAGCACAUUAUGUAAAAAAUUGCGUCAUCAAUGUAGAUAUUGCAAUUGCAUGCCAAUUAAGCAUCAUCAAGUUGUCUCGUCUUGUGCCCGCUGUGGUCGCUUCAUCAGAAAAUUUCUGAGGCCCGGCAGAGCUCAUCAAGAUGAGGACGAAAUAAACUGGAAUAAUUAGUACGAAGUCUAGGUCUAUUUAUAUGAUUAAUGUUGCUCCGUUGCAAUUCAAUAUCACCUACCCGUUUCCGGUAUUAGUGGUCUCCAUUCUACCGAGGUAGCUCAUUAGUAAACAACAACACACUUCUAAAACAGGAACGGCAAGGAAUACUGUAUGCUUAAUGUUUCCAAAGCCGCACAACUAUAUAUUUAGCGGCCAUAGUCGAAAUUCAAACUCAUGAAAUAGGAUCAAUUUUAUGUGAUGGAAGUCAACAGCAUGAUAGCUGCUCGGUUUCGAGCAGAUGCUAAACAUGAAAUUAUCACCCUCAAAUUUGUGCAGUAUACCUCCAUGAUGACCUCAACCUCAAUGACCUAAUUAAAGCAACCUCUACCCGAUGACGCAUCAAGAUGUUCUUGUGUGGUUUUUUUGCUUAGUCAAAAUUUGAUGACCGCUAAAAAACCUCUACUCACAUCUACCCUUCUUGUCAGGAGCCUCAUGGACCGCUGGAGUUCCGUGCUCUCCAAUGUUGAUAUAAACGAAAUUCGAAUUAUAUUCCAGCCUUCUGAAGAUGCAGUUGCAUUGCUACCCCCGGUGCUUCAGGCCCCUGCAAUUGGAUGAACGAAA